AAAAAAAAUCCACAGCGAGGACAGAUGUUUAUGAACCGUCCAAAUCAAUCCCGCUGCAAAAAGAAUGUGGAUCCAGGGCCCCAUGUAAACAGGGCCGUGGCUCCCUUCCAAGCGAAAGUAGUGCGCAGGCGCAGGCCGUUUCUCCGGGGGGGGGAAAAAUGCUGUUAGACGUAGGAAGGGGAUCACCCUGUCUGUCCGAGUACCAUUUCAUUCCCUCCAUCUCUUUUUCUCUCCCCUGCCCUCUCCUUGUCCUCUCUGGAAUCCCCUCAAUUUAACUCCUCCUCCUCCUCCUCCUCCUUAUUAUUACAUAAUUGGUUGGAGGGUUGAAAAAUAUUUUGCCUCUUACUAUUCCCUAGAAAACAGCGUGCAUGUCUCCUUCCCAUUGCCCCAAGCUCCAAAAUUUCCCUCCCUGAAGCCUGACCAGCCUGUUGAUCGGCUUCUUUCCCCAUCCACGUCUUUUGUCUCUCUCUCCCGCCUCCCCCCGCUUUUUAAGUGCUAGCUUCCAACCCUUUGGCCGGAGAGUUUUAGAGGCAUUAGGACAUUAUCGUCUGUGGGAGUUCUAGGGGGAAGGAAGAGUGGCUUGUGUGUGAGCGUCUGUUUGCAUUUGAAGUGCGGGGACAGCUAGUCACAGAAGAGGAGUCAAGAAGAAGAAACCUCGAGCCCAGUGGGAGCGACUUCGCCCUUUCCCUCCGCGUCUCUAGCUCCGCGAGUCUCGCCUCUUCUGCGCUGGACUGCGGUGCUGCUGCUGGGCUUGCGGGCGGUACUUGCUUCGCCCCUGAGUUGCCUCCGGUGGCUGCUGCUGCUCUCUUGUCUUGCUGCCUUUUGCAGCCGGGAGAGCUGUUGUUGCUUUGCUGCCGCGCCUGCCUCUGUCGCUUCCCGCGUUCGCAAAAAGGCCGCCGCCGCCCAGCCGCCUUCUCUCUUCGCCCGGCUCCCGCUUCGCCUGGCUUCUCACAUGAGCAGAGCGAGAGGAGCAAUAGCGGCAGAGGCAGCGGCUGAGGAGCGUUCCUUCCCCGAGGUUUAUGAAUGGCCCAGAUAUGGAGGAAAUACCAUUUCAGAAAGUCAAGAAGAGCAAGAAGACGAGGAAGAAGCGCCGCCGCUGUUGCUGCUGCGGCGGCAGUUGCUCCUCGCCUCCCAGAGCCCCGCCGCCACCAGCUCGGCCGCCGCCGCCGCCACCACGGGCCGCCGGCAGUAGCGGCAGCACCUCCGGAGCGACGGCGGUUGUCGGCGGGGAUCCCCGUCCGCCGCAGCCUUUGCUGCUGGACGCCGUCGCCUGCGAGGACCAGUUCGACUGCAAGGAGCUCGAGUCGCUUUUCCAGAAUUACAACCUGAAGCUGGAGCAGACCUCGACACUCAAGGCGCUGGCGGUGCUCAUCGUGCUGACGGCCAGCCUGGCGCUGGUGGAGCUCCUGUCGGGUCCGAGCUUGACCAUCUCCAAGGGCUCGCACCCAGUGCACUGCAUCGUCUUCCUCUCCCUUUUCAUCGUCACCAACGUCAAGUACCUGCAAGUCAUUCAGCUGCAGCAGAUCGUCAAGCUCAUCUUGCUCUUCAGCUUCACCUUCGCCUUCCUCUGCUGCCCUUUCUCGCUGGGCGCCCACGGCACGGAGCCUCCCAGUGGCCCCGAGCAGGGCAUGUGGCAGCUCAUUCUGGUCACCUUCGUUUCCUACUCUCUCCUGCCCGUCCGCACCCUCCUGGCCAUCGUCUUCGGCUUGGUGGUGGCUCUCUCUCAUCUAAUCGUCACCGUCACCUCGGUCAGUGCGAAGAGACAGCCCCUCUGGAGGACGCUUGUGGCCAAUGCUAUCCUUUUUGUCAGUGUAAAUUUAUAUGGGGUCUUUGUGAGGAUUUUGACAGAGCGGGCACAGAGAAAGGCUUUCCUUCAGGCCAGGAACUGCAUAGAGGACAGGCUGAAGCUGGAGGAUGAAAAUGAAAAACAGGAGCGACUUCUGAUGAGUCUUUUGCCCAGGAAUGUUGCCAUGGAAAUGAAGGAAGAUUUCUUGAAGCCACCUGAAAGGAUUUUCCAUAAGAUUUAUAUUCAGAGACAUGACAAUGUUAGCAUAUUGUUUGCGGACAUUGUGGGAUUCACCAGCUUGGCAUCGCAAUGUACUGCUCAAGAAUUAGUGAAGCUUCUGAAUGAACUCUUCGGGAAGUUUGAUGAAUUAGCUACUGAAAAUCAUUGCAGAAGAAUAAAAAUUCUAGGGGACUGUUACUACUGUGUAUCAGGACUGACCCAGCCCAAAACAGAUCAUGCCCACUGCUGCGUAGAAAUGGGAUUGGAUAUGAUUGACACCAUCACAUCAGUAGCUGAAGCCACUGAAGUAGAUCUCAAUAUGAGGGUUGGCCUACACACAGGAAGGGUGCUUUGUGGUGUCCUGGGUCUUCGCAAAUGGCAAUAUGAUGUUUGGUCAAAUGAUGUGACUCUUGCUAAUGUUAUGGAGGCUGGAGGGUUGCCUGGGAAAGUGCAUAUUACAAAGACCACAUUAGAGUGCCUAAAUGGUGACUAUGAGGUAGAACCAGGGUAUGGCCAUGAAAGGAACACUUUUUUGAAGAAGCAUAAUAUUGAGACGUUUUUCAUUGUACCAUCUCACCGGAGGAAGAUAUUUCCAGGACUCAUUCUUUCAGACAUAAAGCCUGCCAAAAGAAUGAAGUUCAAGACUGUAUGUUACCUGCUGGUCCAACUCAUGCAUUGUCGUAAAAUGUUCAAAGCUGAGAUCCCUUUCUCCAAUGUGAUGACUUGCGAAGAUGAUGACAAGAGGAGGGCAUUAAGAACAGCAUCUGAAAAACUCAGGAAUCGUUCCUCUUUUUCUACAAAUGUUGUAUACAACACUCCUGGAACUAGAGUGAAUCGAUACAUUGGUCGUUUAAUAGAGGCCAGGCAAACUGAGUCAGAGACGGCAGAUCUAAAUUUUUUUACCCUGAGGUAUAAACAGAUUGAACGUGAGCAAAAGUAUCACCAACUUCAGGAUGAAUAUUUCACCAGUGCUGUAGUCUUGUCACUGAUUCUAGCUGCCUUAUUUGGCCUUGUCUACCUUUUAAUAAUUCCACAGAGUACCAUAGUCCUUGUCCUAUUGGUGUUCUGCAUAUGCUUCCUGGUGGCGUGUAUCAUGUAUCUACAUGUCACUCAAGUACAAUGUUUUCCAGGGUGCCUGACAAUACAAAUUCGAACCAUUUUAUGUGUUUUUAUUGUAAUUUUAAUUUAUUCAGUGGCACAAGGCUGUGUGGUUGGAUGUAUGCCUUGGGUCUGGAGUACUAAUUCCAGCAGCUCCAUAGUUAUCAUUUCUUCCAGUGGGACCAAUAAGACAAUAAGUGAACUUCCGUGCGAUGCAGCUUAUUAUGCAUUUCUCUCCUGUGUUGUGGGGACUCUGACCCUGGCAAUAUUUUUACGUGUAUCUUCCUUGACAAAAAUGAUCCUCCUGGUUUUUGUUUCGAUUUUGUACAUAGUCAUUUUGGAACUCAGUGGAUACAGAAAAGCAGUGGGGGGUGGCUCCUUUUAUAUCCGUGGCUAUGAACCCAUAUUAGCCAUCUUGCUGUUUUCCUGUGCUUUGGCAUUUCAUUCCAGGCAGGUGGAUUUGAAGCUACGUCUAGACUACCUCUGGGCUGUGCAGGCAGAAGAAGAGAGAGAUGAUAUGGAAAGAGUGAAAUUAGAUAACAAAAGAAUUCUCUUCAAUCUUUUGCCAGCUCAUGUUGCACAGCAUUUUCUCAUGUCUAAUCCAAGGAACAUGGACCUGUAUUACCAGUCAUAUUCACAAGUGGGGGUGAUGUUUGCUUCUAUCCCAAACUUUAACGAUUUUUACAUUGAACUGGAUGGCAAUAACAUGGGAGUGGAAUGCUUACGCCUGUUAAAUGAAAUUAUUGCAGAUUUUGAUGAGCUUAUGGACAAAGAGUAUUAUAAAGACAUUGAAAAAAUCAAGACAAUCGGCAGCACAUAUAUGGCCGCAGUGGGACUCGCACCAACUACUGGCACCAAGGCAAAGAAAUCAAUAUAUUCCCAUCUCAGUACACUGGCUGAUUUUGCAAUAGAAAUGUUUGACGUUCUUGAUGAAAUCAACUAUCAGUCAUACAAUGACUUUGUUCUUCGGGUCGGUAUUAAUGUAGGCCCUGUAGUGGCAGGUGUUAUUGGUGCCAGAAGACCGCAGUAUGACAUCUGGGGUAACACUGUAAAUGUUGCUAGUAGAAUGGAUAGUACUGGAGUGCAAGGUAAAAUUCAGGUUACAGAAGAUGUCCAGCGCAUAUUGAAGAGGUGCAGUUAUGAUUUUGUAUGUCGGGGUAAAGUCAGUGUCAAAGGCAAAGGUGAAAUGUUGACCUAUUUUCUUGAAGGAAAGGCCAAUGGAAACAAUUCACAAACACGAUCUUUAAACUUAGAACGGAAAAUGUACCCUUGUGGGCGAGCAAACAUUAAGACUAAACUGGGCACAAGUUGCCCAUCUAUGCCCUCAUCACCUAGCCUUUCAGCAAAUGCUGGGGCUGGAACACUUCAAGUACCAUCAACCCACACCAAUCAGACGCUUCAUUAUCUUCCUUCAGUGCCAGCCAUAAAAGAAGCAUGAAAGCAAUGAAGAUAUUGGUUGCGCCACUUGCAAUGAAUGUGAAAAGCAGAGGUCACCUAAAUUUUCAUGAAGAAGCUUAAGGCUACAGGAGUUGGUAUCAACCAAGAUGUCUACAAUCCAACCAAAGAGAACUUAGGAACACCAUAUAAGAACUUGUGGAAUGGAUCCAAAAAGGGCUAGCAGUUCUGUUAAGAAAAGUCUGCUGCUGAUUUUCUGAAGAGAAGUAAUUUUUUAUCAGCAAUUUUAAAGGGUAAAUGAAUUAACAAAAAAAGUCAUGGUGAGACUGAAUGUGUGUGAGAGAGAAAGAGAGAGAUUGUCAACAUUCACCACUGAAUUUUGACAAAUUCUGGCAUUGGUGACUGUCAAUAUUCAUUCAAAAAGUUGGGAGUAUUUGAUUUCUGACACUUAACAGCAACACACACACACGAUCUAGAGAGACGGUGUGUAUGUACACAUACACACACGUACAUUUCCUAUAUAAAAAUGGCAAGAGGUUUGUAGGUAUAGAAAUUUUACAUCCUGCAAUGUCAAAGAGUGAGAGAAUGUUCUUAUAAUCAUAUCCAGUGUGGUUGCAUCUAAAAUGUUUGGGGGAGGGACAUAGGGAAAAUAAGACAUAUCUGAGGUUAAAGAAAGCAUUAUAGAGUCAUUUACCACAACAUUUGAAAAACAAGACAUUGCCAGCACUUGCUUUAAUGUAGGAAGUAGCAAGUGCUCAAGUAAACAAAUGUGGUUCUUAAAAAUUACUGUGUUUUAACAUGUGUGAAUUGAGCUUCUAGAUAAUUUAUCUGGAAUAAAAUUAAUAUGCCUCUGGAUAAAUGCUGCUCAAGUGACAGGUGCAUGCAUGCCAAAAGAGUGUUGAGGUAUAGUUAUGCCUUUUCAACAGGCCAAGUGGCUGACCAUUUAUACAAUCUUUUAUUAGAAGCAUUUGCCAAGCUAUACGUAUAUAUGAUUCAAUUCUGCUAUGAAGAUUUUUUCUGUGAACAAAAUUUGUUACAUUCAUGCAAUGAAACAUUUGGAUCCCAUCCAUUUUGUUUGAUGCCAGUGUUUUGCAUAACUCUACUUCCGCACAAGCUUUGCCCUUGCCUUCCAUCUGGAGAUUCUCAUAGGCCAACAUACAAGCUGAGUCACAUUUUUUUAAGAUCAAACUUUUAACCUCAUAUUUUGAUAGGGUGGAUUAAUAAGGUACCAGCACAUCUAUUUGCACAAUGUAGAUUCCAGUAUCACAAAUGAAAGGAAUAACUUUUAAUAAUAAUGUUGCAAAUUUGACAUGUUUAGAGGAAAUGUUGCGGCGUGUGUGCUGUGUGUUUGUAUGCACACAUUUGUGCUUGCCUGCCUUCCCCAUUUUCUUUUUAUUAAGUCUCACUGAGUGCAGCCCAUCUGAAAUGUCUCCACUGUACAUCAUGUUGAUAUGAAUGGAAAUUAUACAAAUCAAACUUUCUCCUUGGCAGCUCACACUCAUUUCAAUGAGCUAUGUACAGAAUACAUUUUAGUGGUUUGCCUCUUUGGUGCUUAUUAUUCAGUAAGAUUAUAUUGAAUACCAAGAUCUGGGAACCUGGCAGCUACUUCUCUGCUGCGAUGUGACUGGGGAUUUGUAGAAGAGAAGGAGGAGGGGGCUGAACCCUUAUCUUUCCCAAUCCCAUUUUUCCACAACCAUCUCAGCCAAUUUUCCCCAGCUGGAAUCCAAUCACCAACAACCUGAGUGUUCCUUUUAGAGUCACCAAGUGUCUUACUAGCAUAGAAAAUGUCCAGAUGUUUGUUGAUUAUUUUUUCCCUCCCCCUUAAUGACAUUUGUCUUAAUCCCAG